AUGAAGUUGUGCAUUUCUGCAUUGUCUGUUGUUCUUGUUCUGUUGUUUGUAUCUGCAGCACCGCAAUUAGCAGCUAAAAAUGUAAACAAGCCCCGGGCCACAGUUGUGCGUGCGGCGGAUCUUCUGUCUUUCGACCACUAUCUUAAAACAUGCCCCCAAGCUGAGGGCAUCAUUCAGCAAAAAACGGGAGACUGGAUCCAGAAGGAUUUCACUUUGGCUGCUAGCAUCAUUCGCUUGCACUUCCACGACUGCGCUGUGAGAGGCUGUGAUGCAUCAAUUUUGCUUAACCAUCAAGGGAGCGAGAGGAGAGCUUUUGCCAGCAGGACACUCAGAGGUUUUCAAGUAAUAGAUGACAUCAAGGCAGAGCUUGAGAGGCAAUGCCCUAAAAUUGUCUCCUGUGCCGACAUUCUCACUUCUGCAGCUAGAGAUGCCACCAUUAUAGCUGGAGGUCCAUUUUGGCAAGUCCCGUUCGGGCGUAAAGAUGGACGGAUUUCAAUUUCCAGGGAAGCUGACUCUGUUCCUCAGGGCCAUGAAAAUGUAACUGCACUGAUUGAGUUUUUCCAAGUACGUGGCUUGAACAUGCUUGAUUUGGUCACCCUUUCAGGAGCGCACACCAUUGGUAGAAGUUCUUGCUCUUCCUUCAAGAACAGGCUCUCAAACUUCAAUGGAACCAGAAAGCCUGAUCCUUCACUUAAUUCCAUGUAUUUGAACAACUUCUUGAAGAAGAAAUGCCAAAAAGACUUGGACUUGAUUUAUCUUGAUGCCAUAACUCCGAAGACAUUCGACACGCAGUUCUACUCGAAUCUUCACAAGAAGUUGGGGUUGCUAUCAACAGAUCAGUUGCUCAAGUCAGAUGUAAGAACUGGUCCAUUUGUUGCUGCAUUGGCAUCUCAGCCCUCCCUUUUUGAGAGCCAGUUUGCAGUGUCCAUGGUGAAGCUUGGAAAUGUCCAAGUUCUUACAAGACCAAAUGAAGGUGAAAUCCGAGUGAACUGCAAUUUUGUCAAUGCUUGAUCAAGCCCAUAAUAUGUUUUUCUUUUUUCCCUUUUACCAGUUUGAAAAGCUAAUUGCAUUUUAAUAAGUUGAAGCUUGGAUUUAUGUGUCUGAUCACAAAACACUCCUCAAACAGUAUGUAGGUUCGAUCCUGCUUAGGGAAAUUUCUUGUAUUAUGAUAAGGUCUCUACCCAUAUAUUGUAUUGCCAUAUUGAAAAAGAUAUAAAAGUAAUGAUCAUGAAUGUUAUAU